UGAUUGGAUAACAAUGCACGAGUUUUGCCUGAAAGUAACACUGGUGUUUCCGUCCCUGGCUUCAUAACCCCGUGGACUUGCUCAGAGCGUGUCUUCACUCCAUGUCGGUAUGGCUGUGUGGGUUGCUGGGUUACUUCUGGCAAUAUCUGUCCCCGUGUAUGUGACGGGCCUGCCCUCGAACUUCAUCAUUAAAGUCGUUGCCCAUUGUGGAGAUGGCAAGUCAAAUGGCAACAUUGAGGUAAUAUCUGACUUGAGUGUUCGUGUGACAGCAAAAUGUAAGAACGGCCUACAACUUUUCAAUGCAACCGAUGCUGCACAUUGCAUCCUGCCAAUCACGUUCAAAGACAAUGGCGGCGCUCGUUGCGUAUUGGAGAAACGGGAAGGGGCCACAGUGUACACCACGACCGUUUACGUAGCAUGGGGCGAAAAAGGAAGUCCUAUCAUUACGAAUGCCGAGCAGUACGUGGUUUCCUGUUCGUUCGGCGACUACGGUGUGAAGUCCACCGCCUCAAAACAGGCGCUACGCGGACUUAUCGCCCCGGCAGAGCUGCAGUUCAAUAAAGGCCCUCGGCUUUCCUCAUCGAUUCACCUGGGUCUUGUAGAUGUGAAAGGCGCCAGUAUUGGGCCAAAUAUCCCAGCCCAGAGGAAGAUUCAGAUCAAGGCAACUACAGAUGGUAAGGAUGGCGAAGUGGGCAUAAGGGUAUCUUCCUGUGACGUGGUUGGGAUCAACUCCAAGGAGAGAUAUGCCGUUCUUCGUGCAGGCUGCGGCGACGGAAUAAUUUUCCGGAAGGAUGAAGGAUUUACAACUGUUGGCAAAAGUUCAUUCAGUCCUUACUUCGUGUCGUUUCACCUUGGCGAUGAUAAGAAUAUCAAAUUUGACUGCAAUUUCACAACCUGCAAUACAAGUUGUGAUGGGAGCUCGUGUCGCACAGAACGUCGAAGACGGUUUGUUCUUGAAUCUCGAGAACAUCAUGGAUCCAUACAAAUUCAGUCGGAUAUGUACAGCCCUGCGGACAGAGAAAUAGGCACGACCAAGCACGUAUCAGAGGUCAUCAGAAUAUCGCCCAAAGUUAACCAACUGGCCAAUGAGGACGAUCAUUCCCGACCACUGGCCAAUGAGGACCAAUAUUCCCGACCACUGGCCCAUGAGGACGAUCAUUCCCGACCACUGGCCCAUGAGGACGAUCUUCACCGACCACUGGCCAAUGACGACGAUCGAUCGGCUGACGAGUUUGAACUGUCCCCACCACAGGCCGAAGAUGACAAUCUUCCUUCAGAUUGGGACGAUUUGCCACCGCAGAUGUCCCAAGAGGCCGUUCUGGGUCCAGACAGUGCUCAUCUACCCCUAUACAACCCUGAUCUAUCCCCACACAACGCUGACGAGGCCGACAGACACCAACCGUUGUUGAGAAUGGACGAUGCACACCGACCAUUUGUCAAACAGAACAAGGAAGAUGUGCUCAGUGGCACAUCGGAUUGGCCGAUCCUUCCCUGGCCGGCAGUCGUGGCGCUGACCCUCUUGUGCUUAAUGUCGCUGGGUCUGUCACUGUAUAGCUUUGUACUUUUCAACAGGAGAGAGUCCGUCCCAUCAUAGUGACACAAUAAACGAUAUCAGACACCAA